AUGGCCACAACAACACGGCAAACCCUCCACUCCAUCCGCCAAAACUGGUCCAUUCCCCCUACAGACCUGCACCUCAUCCCGCCCUCCUUCCUCGCCGGCCUCCCGCCAUCCCACCUCUCGCCCACCCUGCUUGCCGCCAUCCACCGCCUCUCCACCCUAACCCUCGGCCAGCGCGACCGCGCGUACAACCUACUGAAUACGUAUUUCCAAGCGAGGAUGAGGGAGAGGGGCAGUGCUGCUGGCCAGCACGACGGCGGGGUGCUGGAAGUAGGGGAUGUGGAGAAGGCGUGUGGGAGUGCGAAGAAGAUGAGCUGUGUUGGUGUUAUGGUUGAGCAACAGGGUAGAAUUGACUCUGUGUACACAUUGGACUGUGUGGGAAAUGGGGGGCAGGGGGAGAGUGUACGGGAUUCGAUUGAGGAAAGUAGAGAAGCGCAGGCGCAGGCGCAGGCGCAGGGGUCUUUGAUGCAGAAACGACGGGUGGAGCUGGCUCCGAUUGUUACGGCGCAGAGUUGUGCGCCGGUGAUGACGGUGGCUGGGGGGGAGGGGGAGAUGGCGGUGCUGAGUAGCUUUACGCCGUUGUUUAGAAGGUUGCAGAAUGAGUUUGCGGGUGCGGGUGCGGGUGCGGAUGCGGGGGGGUGUCUUGAUGGGUGGGAGAGAGGGGAUGGACAGCAGCAGGGGUUUGAAGGGUCGGAGGGAGAGACGAAUGUGAGUGCGGCACAACGUGCUAUGCACGAGUUUAAUGCCAGGAGGUUGGAGAUGCAGGGGAAGAAGAGGGAGUAUGAAGAUGCGGUUUGGAGGUUUGAGGAGGCGAGGUGGAGGGUAGAGAAUGAGGGGGAUGAGAAGAUGAGUCUGAAUUAA